AUGCACGGCCGGCCCCGCGUCUAUGUGCGGUUUCGACCUCCGACGGAGGUGAAGCUUCCGGCGCUGAAAGGGCCCGGCAUCCCGGCGAGCGACACCGAGGUUCCUGUACUUCUCGGGCGCCGCCGCGACCAGGAGGAGGAGCCAGGGUCCCGACGGAUCAGUCUGGAAGGGGAGCACACCAUCAAGUUCCCCUGGAAGUCCCAAAGCAAAGAGGAGUGGAAGGAGGUGCAGGUGCAGGUGGACCAUGCCUUCACCGAGGACUCUACGCAGGAUGCCGUCUAUUCGAGGGUCGGACCAGAGAUGCUG